AGCAAAGGGCGAGGUUCACCACGGGGAAGGAACAAAGACGGACCCGGACGCGAUACCCCGCAAAAUUGAUCGUUGUGCGGCUCGGAUGAGCAGAGGUCGCGAUCCAACGAUGAAGGUGCGCGAUCGUGGGCUUUUGGACAGGUCAUGCUGGGUAGAUAUACGACGGCGAGGAUGAGUAUAAAUAUCAGGCGUCUGGGACGUCUUGGUGUUCUGUAUCUUUUGCUCGUGCAAGUGGACAGAGAGAACAGGCACUACGACACUACAUCGAGUAUAAAGCAUGUCGACCCCUGAAGAGACAGCCAUGAGUCAGGAACAGAUCGAGAAGAUCAGGAAGGAGUAUGCGCUCAUUGUCGGCGACGAGCUUGCAGCUAUCCUCCCUAUCCAAACCAAGCCAUGGUAUCGCGAACCCCACCUCAUCAAGCUCAAUCUUUUCCUCGUCGCCUGUAUGUGCUACUCCUCCGCCACAGGCUUUGACAGCUCGAUGAUGAACGGUCUGCAGUCUCUCGACAGCUGGCAGGAGUUCAUGAACUACCCGACCGGCGGCUGGCGCGGCUUCAUCAACGCGAUCAACAUCAUCGGCGGCUUUAUAGGUCUGUGCACCGUCGGCUACGUUACCGAGCGAUUCGGACGCAAGGCGCCGAUGAUUGUGUCAACGAUGGGCGUCGCUUUGGGCGCGGGACUCAGUGCGGGCGCGAAGAAUCCGGCGAUGUUUAUCAUGGGCAGGUUCGUUGUCGGUCUUAGUGGGUCGUAUAUCCUUGGUGCUCCUCUUACCAUUGCCGAGCUCGCUUAUCCCACUCAUCGCGGUCGUGCUACCUCGCUUUUCAACUGCUUCUACUACGUCGGCUCAUUGAUCGCGGCCUGGGUUACCUACGGCACGCGCCAUCUAGACAGCUGGUCCUGGCGCACGCCCACGCUUCUGCAGUGCGGAAUCCCCGUUCUCCUCCUGAUCCCGACGAUUUUACUUCCGCAGUCGCCUCGUUGGCUGAUUUCACGUGGCCGGUACUCCGAGGCGCGCGCCGUGCUCACAAAGUACCACGCCGGGGGCGACGCAAGCUCUGUGCUUGUUGAUUUUGAGAUGGAGGAGAUUAGUCGGACGCUGGAGCUCGAGAAGUACGCGGCUAAGAAUGGAUCGUGGUCGUUGUUGUGGAAGACGCCUGGGAAUCGACACCGGUUGUUUAUCAGUAUCACUCUCGGCGUGUUUGCGCAGUGGAACGGCGUCGGCGUGGUUAGUUAUUACCUCUCGAUCGUGCUCAACUCUGUCGGCAUCACCUCUGUGACCAAGCAGACGCUGAUAAAUGGCUUUUUGCAACUCUGGAACUUGAUCUGCGCCGUGUUUGCCGCGUUUGUAGUUGAUUACGCUGGUCGCCGGCUGCUGUUUCUGACGUCUGGAGUCGGCAUGUUGCUAUCGUACGUCUUCAUCACUGCCUUGUCGGGCUCGUUUGCAAACACGGGCAACAGCGCGACUGGAAUCGCGAUGAUUCCGUUCUUGUUUAUCUACUACGGAUUCUACGAUAUCGCGUACACGCCGCUCAUCAUCGCCUACCCCGCCGAAAUCUGGAACUACACCAACCGUGCGCGCGGCCUCGUCGUCGUCCAGGUAUCUACUUUCCUCGCCCUGAUCUUCAACCUGUUUGUGAACUCGAUCGCGCUCGAAAACAUCCAGUGGAAGUACUACUUCAUCUUCCUCGGGCUGCUCAUCGGCAUCAUCAUCACGACGUACUUUGGAUACCCCGAGACGCGCGGACACACGCUCGAGGAGAUGGCGCGCGUGUUUGAUAAGGAUGAGGUGGUUGAUGUUGAGGCUGAGCGGCAGGUUCGGGAUAUUUUGCGGACGAUGCAUGAGAAGGAGAAGAACGAGCACGCUGAGAGAGCGUCUGUGGCUGGGGAGAAGUAGGUAUGAUCUGGUUGUUGAGUUGUAUCGCUAGUUAUUAUCAAGUAGUUUUAAUCAGUCGAGUAUAAAAUUACCAAAAACGGAAUCUGUAA